UCAAGAGGAAUUAGAGGCUGAAAUCCAACCACAAGUAACUAAUGGCUAGAGCCUGUAAUCACAAUGGGACGGAGAGAUGAGUACCUGCGUUUCCUCUCCUGCUUUCGCCGCUCCAUCUCCAGCGGCCGCCACCGCAUUCUUCCGCCGCAAGAGCCGCCUUGGCGCCGCCACGCCUCUCGCCGUUCCUCCUCACUCCCGCCAUGCUCUUUCUCUCAGAGCCGCCGCGAACGAUUCGAACAGCACCGAUCAAUUGACGGCGGAAUCCGCCGUCGAAAGAUCGGAAGCUGAUAAAAUCGUAGACGGCAUGGAUUUCGGUGAGCUUUGCAACGAAUUUGAGUGCAUCAGUAGUCCCUUGGUUGAAUCUACCGCUAGGCAACUUGCUAGAGACAUUCUUCAACUUCGCCAAGGCGAUCGAUCUCUUGGAAAUUUUGCGGUCUUUGUCAAGUAUAAGGAUCCGAUUAGGAAAUUCACGGGUCGAGAAAAGUAUAAAAGACAACUCUGGGCAACCAGUGCGCUUGAGAAUCCAACUACGAGUGUGCAAGAAAUGGUGAUGGUGUCAACAAGCAUACUAAACAUCAAGUGGACAAUCAAAGGGAAACCUAAAUCCUUGGUUUCAGCCAUAGGAGGAGAUCUCAUUAUCAAAGUUGAUUCACAGUUCACUCUCAACCAAAUCAGUGGCCAAGUUAUCGAACACGAAGAGCGUUGGGACGUAUCGAGUUCUUCUGCCAUUUCGCAAGCUUUCUUUUGGGCCUCACGCUAUCUCUUCGCCUCCGCCGAGGCGGGAAAGGACUUGGCUGAUUCUGUCAGCAGCCUCACCGGUCGAGUCUCUACCGAGAAACAGAACUUGGAAAUGUUCCCUGACCCUUCCGGUGAUCCUACCAAGUUCUUUCAAGGUGAGGACAACUUCCAAAGAGAUGCAUACCAAUUUGCUCUGCUGCUGGCUAUCCUCUAUUUUGUUGUACAGUUUUUGAGGGCCACACUGUAAAUGCAACAAUACUAAGGUAUCGGUAUCACUUUCCUACCCAACCCUUUUCCAGAUGCAAAUAUCACAAGGAUUAAAAUAGACCUUCUAGGCCAGCAGUUAUUAUGUUAAUUGACUAUAGCAGUAAGUGCUUAAUGAGGUUUCUUAUUAAAAUAAAUGUAGAUUAUUUCUCGGUUCAUCCACAAUUCAUUCAGUAUCUGAGUAAUAACUUCCUUCUUUAAUUGUAUCUUAAUUCAUAUAUGAUUCAGAGACUGUAUUUAUAACCUUAUAACACCAUUACAUUAAUGCUAAACAUUUUGGUCUA